AAAUCAGGGAGGGGAGAAAAAUAAAGAGCAACAAGUGUGAUGGUUUUACACUGCUUUGCUUUUCUGACAUUUAGGAAAGGAUUUUGCGACGCAUUUUCCUCCGCUGAGCCGCUUCACAUCCAAAGAACGAGGAAAUUAGGCUUUUAUUAUUACUGCACGUUUGAUUCCGACGGGAACCUGUCCAGCUAACGGAUCAACAUGCCCCGGUCAUUUCUGGUGAAAAAGAAAAGGUUCACGUCUAGUAAUGUCCAUCGAUCUUAUGAGGACGAGCCGAAGGCCCCCAUAUGCACAGAAGUCCCACCAGAAGUUCAGAGCACAGACUCUUCAGACAGGCCUCAGUCGGAGGGACAGUCUUCCCCCUCGGACCGCCGCUUGUUGAAAAAGGAAGAAGCAGAGCUUGAAUGUCCCAUACCCGUUUACCCAGAGCCAACCAGACCCCCUGUCGCUCCCACUCAGCCAUACUACCUAAAUGAGCCUCACAUGGCAGAAUACCCUCCUUACUACAAGCCGACGUACGCCUGGGAGUCGGUGCCUUCCUCCUACGAGAUCCGUCCAAUGAGUUUCAGCCCCACAGUGCUGCACCACGCCAGCAAUCUGUACGGCACCCACAUCAGCCGCAGUCCACAGCCUCAGCAGCCUCUGGACUGCAGCACGCACUACUCCCCCACCUCCAGCACCUACCACUGCAUCACCUGUGAUAAGGUGUUCUCGACGCCCCAUGGACUGGAGGUUCACGUCAGGAGGUCGCACAGUGGAACGAGACCGUUUGGCUGCAACAUCUGCAGAAAAACCUUCGGCCACGCCGUCAGUCUGGAGCAGCACAUGAACGUUCACUCUCAGGAAAAAAGCUUUGAGUGCAAGAUGUGUGGCAAAUCAUUCAAGCGCUCCUCCACUCUCUCCACGCACCUGCUCAUCCACUCGGACACGAGGCCUUACCCCUGCCAGUACUGCGGCAAGAGAUUCCACCAGAAGUCUGAUAUGAAGAAACACACUUACAUUCACACCGGUGAAAAGCCCCACAAAUGCCAAGUGUGUGGUAAAGCGUUCAGCCAAAGCUCCAACCUGAUCACCCACAGCAGGAAGCACACAGGCUUCAAACCGUUUGGAUGCGACAUUUGUUCCAAAGGCUUCCAACGUAAGGUGGAUCUGCGCAGGCACCACGAGAGCCAGCAUGGUGUGAAGUGAAGACGAGCGCGAGAGCCUGAUCUUAACAGCAGCAAGUUUUUGUACAUGUACAAUACAAUUCUGUUAAAACAAUAAGCUGAUAUUGAUGUGAUGACUAUGAUGUGUGUAAGGAAGAAUGAUUGAAUAAGGAAGCUGUGAAAUCAAGUUCUAAUCAAAGGCGAUUUAACUUCAGAAAAAUGUUACCUGUAUUAAGAAGAACUUGAGUAGCUGAUUAAAUUGUAUUAGUUAAUAUAUUGGAAGUAAUCUUUUAAAGAUGUGUUUGCAUGUAGAUGAAUGGGGAAUUGUGCUGAUGUCAUUUACAUUCAAAAUGUGCUUUUGGCUUUUGAUAACAAAAACAUCAAGAGUCUUAUAAUUUAUUUAAAAUAUGCUUGAGCAAUGUACUGUCCGUUGACUGGGGUCUGUGUGUGAGAUUAUAAACGCUUUCAAAUGAAAUAAAGGGUGAACCGAGUAA